GCCAAGUGCGCUCGGGAGUUUGACAGAAGUUUGAAUCGGACUCGGGGGCUUUCUGCAGCCGGAGGGGCAGAGCGGCGGUCCCGACCUCGGCGAGCGCCAGCUGCAGCGCCCCCGCCAUCCGCCCCGCCAGUCUGGAGCCCCGGCCGCCGACGGCCGCCCGCUCUCCCGCACAGCUCGCUGUCCCCGCGGCCGAUCAGCAGCCCCUCGUCCCACCGCGGUACCCGCAGCCUCCCGGCCAGGGAACCGAGCCCCGGCGCUGCGCCCCGGCCCCGCUCUGCCAGCAUGUCUUCGACGGAGGGCUCGAGUCCGGCGGCGGACAAGUCGCCGCGCCAGCAGGUGGACCGCCUGCUGGUGGGGUUGCGCUGGCGGCGGCUGGAGGAGCCGCUGGGCUUCAUCAAAGUUCUCCAGUGGCUUUUUGCUAUUUUCGCCUUCGGGUCCUGCGGCUCCUACAGCGGGGAGACAGGAGCAACAGUUCGCUGCAACAACGAAGCCAAGGAUGUGAGCUCCAUCAUUGUUUUGUUCGGCUAUCCCUUCAGGUUGAACCGGGUCCAGUAUGAGAUGCCCCUCUGUGAUGAUGACUCCACCUCCAAGACCAUGCACCUGAUGGGGGAUUUCUCUGCUCCUGCCGAGUUCUUUGUGACCCUGGGCAUCUUCUCCUUCUUCUACACCAUGGCUGCGCUAGUCCUCUAUCUGCGCUUCCACAACCUCUACACAGAGAACAAGCGCUUCCCACUGGUGGACUUCUGUGUGACUGUCUCCUUCACCUUCUUCUGGCUGGUAGCUGCGGCCGCCUGGGGCAAGGGCUUGACGGACAUCAAGGGGGCCACGCGGCCAUCCAGCCUGACCGCAGCCAUGUCUGUGUGCCACGGAGAGGAAGCAGUGUGCAGUGCUGGGGCCACGCCCUCGAUGGGACUGGCCAACAUCUCUGUGCUCUUCGGCUUCAUCAACUUUUUCCUGUGGGCUGGGAACUGUUGGUUUGUGUUCAAGGAGACCCCAUGGCACGGGCAGGGCCAGGACCAGGGCCAGGGCCCUAGCCAGGAGAGCGCAGCGGAGCAGGGAGCAGUGGAGAAGCAGUAAGCAGCCCCUACCUGGCUACUCCCGAACAGGACAGCACCUCUUCAACCACCUCCGGCUUCCAGGACCUCCCUCUUCUUCCUUCUCCAACUCUCCUCCCCAAUCAUUCUGGGCUCUGAGCUUUGAGACGACGCUAAUGGAUGGGCAGGCAUCAGCUGUCAGAAACCCGGGCAGCCCUCCCAGUGGCUUCCUAUCUGGCUUCUGGCUGGAGCCUCGGAUGGCAGGAGCUCCAUGCUUCUUGUCUAUUGCCUGAAACCCAGCAUCUUACUUGGGGUCUUACUCGUACCCUUGCAGCCUCUGAGAAGGAGCAUCUACUGCAAGGGGCUGGAGAGAGAGUCCUGAGACUGGUUCCUAGCAGCCACUUCUAUCAACCUGUUGGCUUCAAUAAAAGUGGGGGGAGGGGAAA